AUGUCAGUAUUUUGCGACCUAGUUGCGGUUGCCAUCGUUGUCUUUCCGUCUGUUAAGGAUGACAAUGAUGAAUUUAAUUUUAUACUGGCUCAACUCCAAUCUAUCAUUUCGUCUACUGGUAAGUCUACUGAUUUCGUCUACUAUAAAUCUACUGGUGAUCUACUGGUUGAAUAUCAAUCUCCCUUUGGAAAUCAUCAAAUCGAAACAGUGUAUACUAAAUCCUAUAGACUUAACAGAAGUUAUCCUAGAAAGGCUGCAUAUGCUCUAUAUCGCCUAAAUCGCCUCUUAUCAGAAAAGCGAGGAGGCAACCUAAGAUCGCCGUAUACAUCCUACUUCGGCUUCACCAACGCUAAUGGCUAUAUUACGGAAUGGCGUCAUCUGGGCUCCGAAGAUGACACCGAUCAAGAUCCCGAAGAUGACACCAAUCUGGAGUCCGAAGGUGACGCAAAAAAUAUUUGGCGCAUGGUUUAUUUUGUGGAUGCCUCCAAGUCCGAUGACAAUAGUUGUCCUAUCAAAAAUCCCUAUGCAGGCUUUUCAAUUUUGCCUAUAGCCGAUUACUCCGUUGAGAUCAUUGUAUAUGGCGUGCUUUUAGGACGGUCGCGUGCAGAUAAACGUAAAUAUGUUCUUUCUUAA